GCUCUUGAAAUCCCUGCCAUUUUUACGCCCGCGAAUUAGAGGACACGGUCGGACACGAGAGGAAACAGACGCAGAUGGUGGAAUAGUGAGAAAUCCGUCGCGUUCCCUCUGACGCGUUUGCGGGUCAUUCUUCUUAGCUGACGCGGCGAAACGGGACCGACUGUUGUACGCGCAAGAUCGGGCCGAAUUUUGCGCACAUUUCAUCGUCAGGAAAUGAGUAUAGAAAUCCCCGAGGGCUUGACGGAGCUUCUGCAGAGCUUUACCGUGGAGGUCCUGAGGAACCAGCCGGGGGAUCUGCUGGAGUUCGCCCUGCAGUACUUCACGCGCCUCAAGGAGAACGAGACCCGCGGCGGCGCGUUCGGCAAUGAGCACAAUUCAGCCGCGCGAGCGGGGAAAGCCGUCAACUUCAUCGAGGAGGCCAUGCAGAUCGACUCCGAAAACGGAGAGGAAGAUGAUGACGAUGAAGAAUUCAUAGCUCCAGUUAUCAACAGAUUUGUCCGGAGAGCUUCUGUUUGUGCGGAGGCGUACAACCCUGAUGAGGAUGAAGAGGAGAGAGAACCCAGGGUCACUCACCCCAAAACAGACGAGCAGAGACAGAGACUACAGGAAGCCUGCAAAGACAUCCUACUGUUUAAAAAUCUGGACCAGGAGCAGAUGUCCCAAGUCUUGGAUGCCAUGUUUGAGAAGGUAGUGGUGACAGGAGAGCACAUCAUUGAUCAAGAUGACGAUGGCGACAACUUCUACGUCAUUGAGAGGGGAAUGUUUGACAUCGUGCUGAAAGCGGACGGCACCACGCGGACCGUGGGAUCUUAUGACAACCGUGGGAGUUUUGGAGAGCUGGCCCUCAUGUACAACACGCCAAGGGCCGCCACCAUCAUCGCUACCUCACCUGGAGCCCUGUGGUGCCUCGAUCGAUUGACAUUCAGAAGGAUCAUCGUAAAGAACAAUGCAAAGAAAAGAAAAACGUACGAGGCGUUCAUCGGGACCCUUCCACUGCUCAUGUCACUGGAGGUUUCAGAGAGAAUGAAGGUUGUCGAUGUCUUGUCGACCAAAGUGUACAAUAGUGGGGAACAGAUCAUUGCUCAGGGUGAUUUGGCAGACAGUUUCUACAUCGUAGAGUCAGGACACGUUAGGAUCACUAUGAAAAGGAGCAAGUCAAAAAACAAUACUGAAGACGAGGAGGUGGAAAUCGCCACAUGCUCUAGAGGGCAGUAUUUUGGAGAGCUGGCGCUUGUCACCAAUAAGCCACGGGCGGCUUCUGCAUAUGCCAUGGACAACGUCAAAUGCUUAGUACUGGGCGUGCAGGCGUUCGAGAGGUUAUUAGGCCCCUGCAUGGACAUCAUGAAACGGAACAUUGCGAAUUACGAAGAGCAGCUGAUCACGCUCUUCGGGAGUCACAUCGCAAUAGAGGAGCCGGAUGCAUGAAAUCAGUUAAUCAAUAAACAUCGCAAACUUAAAAUGCAACAUGAAACGAUGAGAUAAUGGUAAGUAGAGGCCGUCAUCAUGGUCAAGAAAUCGUGUUAACAUACUGUAGGUCAUAAGCUUGAAGUUAUUGUUUUGCAUUCACAGAUGUGAAACUCCGGUGUGUGUCAAUGAUCAUGAUUUUUUAGAUGUGAAAAGCCAAAUGUGAGCAUUUUCCUCCAGGGUACAUGAGGGUUGUCCUCAUGCAUUAUUCGGUUUGGGGAUUUCGUACUGGUGUGUUUAUUCGAAUCUUUCUCAUUUUUUUUUCAAAACAUGGUUUGUGUUUCUUUCAUGUUACCGAGGCUGCAACUUUUACAAUGACGUCUACAUAAAGACCGCAUUGUUGCCAUAUACAGCACAGUGAUAUGUUACUUUAUUCUUUUAAAGCUAUACUUCUGCAUUUUGAAAUCUACAGGUUGUCAAUGUUUUCAGUGUUAUGUAAGUCAUUUUUACUGUAAGUCAUUUUUGACUAAACAAACAAGGAUUUAUGAAUUCAGCACCUGAGCUCUGUCCACUUGCUUCAUGAACGGACACCUGUUACAGAAAAAGGAAACAAUUAUGGACUGUUCACGCCAAGAAAACACGUCUAACGAGUCUAAAGUGCCCAUAUUAUGCUUUUUCGAAUAUUACCUUUCAUGCAGUGUGUAAUAUAGCUGUUUGUGAAUUUAAAAGGUCUGCACAGUUUUAAAGAUCAAAGUCAUAAAUUUAUCGAAAUAAUCAAUUCUGAACUGCUGAAAUGAGUCGUCAGCAAUUUCUUAUUUUCUGUUACAUACCUGUGUAACAAUGUAACAAAUUUGCAUAAUGCCAGCGUACGGUAUUCAUUGGCUGCCCACAAACGACGUCUACUUUGCCCCGCCCUCAAACACUGUAGUUGUAGCUGAGGCCUGAAAGAGUUUGGUUUCGAGUUGUCAACAUGUCGAGAAGACGCUGUUUUCUGCACUGCAAAUCUAUUUUCCAUGCACUUCAAAAGCAUGAGGACUUUAUACGGAAAAAACAACGCUAUUGUUACUGUUGUAUCAAGGAAGCCCCUGGAGCUGACAUUUUGAUAUGGUAAUAGGCAUUUGUUUCCGACACGCACUGUGAGAAGUCGUACAAUCACAACAGACUGGGCCGUCUGACCAAUCAGAGCAGAGGAGGCUCUUGGAAAGGAGGGGUUUAGAGAGACUGAAUCUUCAAAACUAACCAUUUCAGACUCUUUGAGAAAUGAAGUGAUGUGCAGUGUAUAUUAUGAGAAAAUUAAAGUGUUUUUUGACCUUGGAUGCAUGUAAACCUGGGUUAAAAUUAGGAACCUUUAAAGGGUUACCCCUUUUCACAAGAUGUAAUAUAAGUCUCUGGUGUCUCCAGAAUGUGUCUGUGAAGUUUCAGCUCAAAAUACCCCACAGAUAAUUUAUUAAUUGUCAAAUUUGCCCCUAUUUGGGUGUGAGCAAAACACGCCGUUUUUGUGUGUGUCCCUUUAAAUGCAAAUGAGCUGCUGCUCCCGGGCCCCUUUCCAGAAGAGGGCGGAGCUUUAACAGCUCUCGCUUCAGUUGCUCAACAACAACAAAGCUGGAGAAUCUCACGCAGCCAAAAUGAGGAUUGUCAGUAACGGUGUUCAGCCUUACAUUGUUCAAACCGGAGUCGACACUGAUGGAGAGACUCAGGAAGAAGUUACAACUUUUAGAAUGAAACUGGACGUUUCUGAAUGGUUAGUGGAUAAAUGUAUGUAGUUGCUGUGGAGUUGAUUCAACUCAUCGACUAGCAUGUGCCGUCAUGUUAAUCUUUUGUGCAAAUCCAGCGUUGAAUUGACCCUCGUUUGUGAAGCAGUCCGGCGUAAAAUGACGGCAUGUCAACAACACUCUACUACAACAACUCUUCCUCUUCUCUAAAGCAGCCCAACAUGGCCUCACCCCCUUUGUUGUGUGUUCUCAGGGGUGGGGUUUAUGUAAAUUUUGGGGUUUGUGAUGUCACAAACCCGGGAAGUAGCUCGUUGUAGUCCCUACCAGCCAUUUGUUGUAGUCCUUAAAAAGAGAUUUCUGUAAAAGAAAAUAUCUCCCUUUGCAUUGAACUUUGAGCGUCGUAACUUUGCAGAUGUUGUUUAUGCUGAAACAGCAACAUUACACACCAACUAAAGUUAAAAAAGUGAAAUCAUAAUCAAGGACCACUUCAAAAUAGCAUAAUAGGGGCACUUUAAAGUCAACAUGAACACUAAAUAUUUACUUUAAUUAAUGAAAAAAAGAGUAGCAAUGCCUAUGAAACAUUUGUUUUCAGCUGAUGUCACAAAUUUAUUAUGGUAUGAAACACCCAUUUUUUUCACCAUCCAAUCAAUUCUGAUGGAUAAAGUCAGGCCCCGCCCAUUUUUUCUUGUUGAAUGUCCUAUUUAACUUUGAAACACUUCAGAUUACGGAAGUAAAAUAUUCUGCGAACUGUUUCACAUUGACUUUAAUGUUCGAGUUUCAUUACACUUCCAUGAGUUAGUAUACAUUCAAAUUGCUUGAAAAUACAAUAUGAGAAAAGGACAUAGAGACGCACAGACUCAAUUACAUGAAGAAAUGAAAAUGCAGUUUGAAUAUUAUUGCACUUUGAUGCCAUUGUCAUGGAAAAUGCCUCAUUUAUGGUUGCACAGCUCUACAUGUUUUCAAUUCCUUGUUUUUGCACAGUCUUUUAGAGAAGCUCCUUACUGUCACAUAUGAAUAGUAAAUAUAGACAUUGUGUAUCUUUACUUUUAAAAUGGUGUAGCAGAUUUUUAUGAUUUGUUCACAUCUUCAGUGCUUUUAUUUUGUUUUUUAAUACUUCACGUUGAAUUAAGAUCGACAUGCACAAAUGGUAUGUUCACGUUUGUUUUCUAGAAGCUCAAAAACUUAUCUGAAGAUGAUUCCUCUCUUUUCCUGUGUAUAUUUUUGAGUUGCUUUCUUUCUGUUUGUUUUGUUUUUGGUAGCUUUUGGCAUUUUGAGAAUGUUCUUCAGAGCACUUUGCUUUAUUCUUCAUUUCUGCAGUAUUUGGACACUGUUUUUCUCUAUCUCUUGAUGUAUGAGAAGUUCGUCCUUGUUGACUGGAACUUUUUGCUUCACAGCAAGUCAUAAGCAUUACUAGUAGUAUCCAUUUCUUCCUAAAGCAUUACUGAAGAUUCAUUACUGUCUACCUCUAAUAUGAACAGCUUAGCCAUCAUCAUCAUCAUCACCUCUUCCCAUGUAGAUCCCCACAGGUUUGUCUCUUGGUAAACUAACCUGUAAUGAAUCCCUAAACAAUAUCUGUGUGUCAGUGUAACUUUACACAAUUUCUACCCUGUUCACUGGGGAAAAAAAGACUUUUAAUUGCUGAUCAGUGCUCAUUUCUGUACCAUUUCUGUGUGAAUUUCUGCCGCCUACUGAGAAGUCGCUAAUGCUUUUUAUGUCCUGAAAAAUGGAUCAAAGGUCUACAGUCUCUUGGUGCAAGAGAGCCCAGUAUUAUAACGUCAGUUAUAUUUGACUUUCCAUUCAAAUAAAGAACAAUUUUGUAUUUAAA